AUGGUAAAAGCUUACUUUAAUUAUAAAUUAGUUUGCUGUUGUGGAAUUCCAAAAGCUACACUUGAAGAUUUUUGGGGUAGGGUUAUUAGCAUGCAAAUGUAUAGUUCUGGUGGAGAAACUAAUAUUACGGGAUGGCGUGCAGGAACUGCUUUACAUUCAAAUUUUAUAGAUAGUGAUGAUUUUCCAGAUGGCAUAAUAGGAGUUUCAUUUACCACUGAUGAUACUCAUCCAUUGAAAUUUGCAGCAGGAUUUGUUGGAAUUAAUCAGGAAAUUCUUGAAAAUCUCAGUGGCGAAUCUGUUGUGUCUCCUGUGAUUGGAUGGGCCAUUAUUGAUGAGAAGGAUUCUCCUAAAUAA